AUGGGGUCAUCCUUCUGCGGUGCCUGGAUGAAAAUGACACUUCGCAGCUUCCGACCCGUGAGACUCAAGCACACGGUUGUGUUACUGGGUACCACACAGGCAGCUGUGGUGGAGUUUUAUGAGGCGGAGCGCGCAGGCAUUUUGAAGUUCGUGGAAAUCACGGUGAACCUGCUGGUGCUGAUUUGCGUGGCCGCUGCCCAAGCCUCUGUUGCGGGCUUCACGUCCCUCGGCGGCUUCGGCAUCGGGUCCUUUAGCCUGAACUCGGCCUAUAGCCCCUUCGAGGGCACGGAGCUGCAGGAGGUGAGGGAGCUGGACAUGCAGUUCACCCAGAUGAGAGCCCCUUGCGUGUAUGGCGGGGUAGCCUUCAGCUUAACAGCAGCGGUGCUCACCCUGGUCUUCCUCGUCGUGGGGGCAAAGCCCAUCCAGCAGCUCAGGGUCGGGCUGCUGGCAGGAGAGUGUGCCUUCAGCGUGCUGGCCGGCAUGGCGUACGUUGUGGCUGUUGGCCUCUACCUGCAUUUUGUCAGCCAGGUGAACUCCACAGACGUUUGUAAGAGGCGCGAGAGGCUGUACGCGCGCCGUGGUUACACCUCCAUGAACUGCGUGGUCCAGGGCGGCGAUGCAGCCGUCGGCCUUUUUGGCGUCGCUGCUGCCUGUUUGUACUUUGCCAGUUUUGUGGUCUGUGUUCUCGCUAUCCGAACCGUCCGGGACUUCCAGAAACAGAUGGCCAAGAUUCAGCACAGUCCCAAAAGCAGCGUUGGAAGCAGAAGUGACAGAAACCACCGUGUCAUCCACAGGACCUCUGAAAGUUCCCACAACAUCCCGGCUCUUGCCACGUUAGUGUGA